UGUUUGAGAGAUAUCAUCUAUCGUCUCGUGAAUUUUCGUACUACUGUUGGGCUUCUUGUUUCAAUUCUCUUUUGCGUUUGAGAGGAGGACUGGUGGUGUUGUGUUUUUCUUUUUUGGUUGGUUUGAGGAAAUUAAGAAGCUGGGAAGUGAAAGAUGACUGUUGGGGCGGGGAUAGGUGUGGCGGAUGGGAAGUUGGUGGUGUUGGGGAAGCCUGUGCUGCGUGAUGUGCAUGAGAACAUUGUGGUAACUCCGGCCUCCGGUGGUGCAUUGGUGAAUGGGGCAUUCAUUGGCGUCAGAUCCGAUCAGACGGGUAGCCGCCGGGUCUUCCCAAUUGGGAAGCUUGAGGGAUUGCGCUUUAUGUGCGUUUUCCGCUUCAAGAUGUGGUGGAUGACACAGAGGAUGGGUAAUUGCGGCCAAGAUAUACCCUUUGAGACCCAGUUUUUGAUUGUUGAAGCGCACGAUUUUUCUAAUGUUGAUGAAGAAAGCAAAGGUGGAAUGGACCAAUCCGCCUUGUAUACUGUUUUCUUACCGAUUCUUGAAGGCGAUUUCAGGGCUGUUCUACAGGGAAAUGAACAAAAUGAGUUGGAGAUUUGCUUGGAAAGUGGAGAUCCCGCUGUUGAAGGAUUUGAGGGGAGUCAUUUGGUUUUUGUGGCUGCUGGACCAGACCCAUUUGAUGUAAUCACAAAUGCAGUGAAGAGCGUUGAGAAACAUUUACAGACAUUUUCUCAUCGUGAGAGAAAGAAGAUGCCAGACAUGUUGAACUGGUUUGGCUGGUGUACAUGGGAUGCUUUCUAUACUGAUGUCACUUCAGAGGGCGUUAAGCAAGGUUUAGAGAGCUUAGAGAAGGGUGGAAUUCCUCCAAAAUUUGUUAUAAUUGAUGAUGGAUGGCAAUCAGUUAGCAUGGAUCCCACUGGCACUGAAUCCAAAGCUGAUAAUGCAGCCAACUUUGCAAACAGGCUGACAAAUAUCAAAGAGAACCACAAAUUUCAGAAAGAUGGGAAAGAGGGUCACAGAGUAGAGGAUCCAACAUUGGGACUUCGCCACAUUGUUGGUGAAAUAAAGGACAAACAUGCUCUAAAGUACGUUUAUGUGUGGCAUGCAAUAACAGGGUAUUGGGGUGGUGUUAAACCUGGUGUUAGCGAUAUGGAACACUAUGAGUCUAAAUUGGCCUACCCUGUUUCAUCUCCCGGGGUUGAAUCAAAUGAGGCUUGUGAUUGUUUAAAAAGCAUUACAGCAAAUGGGCUUGGCCUUGUGAACCCUGAAAAAGUUUUCAACUUCUAUAAUGAACUCCACUCAUAUCUCGCAUCGGCUGGUAUCGAUGGUGUUAAAGUUGAUGCUCAGAACAUCCUUGAAACUCUUGGGGCAGGUCAUGGUGGGAGGGUGAAGCUUGCUAGAAAGUACCAUCAGGCCUUAGAGGCAUCUAUUUCCAGAAACUUCCCUGGUAAUGGAAUUAUUUCUUGUAUGAGUCACAACACAGACGGUUUGUACAGUGCAAAGCGGACAGCUGUUAUAAGGGCAUCAGACGAUUUCUGGCCUAGAGAACCAUCAUCACACACCAUUCAUAUUGCAUCAGUUGCUUACAACACCAUUUUUCUUGGCGAAUUUAUGCAGCCAGAUUGGGAUAUGUUCCAUAGCCUACACCCAAUGGCUGAAUAUCAUGCAGCAGCUCGUGCUGUGGGAGGAUGUGCUAUUUAUGUCAGUGACAAGCCUGGACACCAUGACUUUACUCUUUUGAAGAAGCUUGUGCUUCCUGAUGGUUCUAUACCGAGGGCCAAGCUUCCAGGAAGACCAACAAGGGAUUGCUUAUUUUGUGAUCCUACCAGAGAUGGAAGAAGUCUUCUAAAGAUCUGGAAUCUGAAUGAGUUUUCUGGAGUUGUGGGGGUCUUCAACUGCCAGGGAGCUGGCUGGUGUAGGGUUGGAAAGAAGAACCUCAUCCACGAUGAACAUCCGGGUACAAUGACUGGGGUUAUCAGGGCUAAAGAUGUUGAUUAUCUGCCCAGAGUUGCAGAUGAUACAUGGACUGGGGAUACUGUCAUAUUCUCUCAUCUUGGUGGAGAGGUGGUUUUUCUUCCAAAGGAUGCAUCUAUUCCAAUUACACUAAAAUCCCGAGAAUAUGAAGUAUUCACAGUGGUUCCUGUUAAGGAACUGUCCAAUGGUGUUACAUUUGCCCCCAUUGGUCUAAUCAAGAUGUUCAAUUCAGGAGGAGCUAUCAAAGAAAUGAAUUGUAAAAAAUCUGAGGAAGGCACAACAACUGUUGUCUUGAAAGCUUGUGGGUGUGGCCUUUUUGGAGCCUAUUCUUCAGCUCGACCCAAGAGAAUAACAGUUGAUUCAGAGGAGAUGGAGUUCAGAUACGAAGAAGGAUCUGGUUUGGUAACUGUUUCUUUGAGAGUUCCUGACCAAGAGUUGUACCUCUGGAAUAUAACCAUUGAGCUAUUAAAUUGAUUUAUUAAUUGCAGUAAUAGGGAUUCACUAGAUCUAUCUUUAAGAGGAAAUGGUGGUUUCUUCUUGUUCUAUAACAUGUAAUAUUGUUGUUUAGAAUAGAUGCUAAAUCUGAAUGUUGGUUGUCUGAUAA